GCGGGCGGUAGUUGUCAGUUAACAUGUUUUUUCACGAAUUUUUGAUUGCUGUAAUUUUUUGUAAUCUGUAAUUAAUUUAGUAUACACGAUACCCUGGUGGUUUGAUUAUUUGUGAGGUAUUGUUUUCUGUUAGUGUCACUUCUGUGUGCUGCUAGAGUUUUUCACAGUGAACCAACUAUAGAUGAACUAUGUCAACGGAACUUGAGAAAUACUUCAUCCUGUUGAAGUCCUGUCUAGAUUCACAACACAGUGCCAAAGCAAAAGAGUGUGUGAUCAGCAUUACAGACCUGGUCGCUGGUGGAGAAAAACAAACCGCCGCCGAAGCUGAGUAUUCGUUGGACAUCAUAUUCAACUCUCAGAACAGUGCCAUAGCAUUUCUGCAACGUUCCAUAAAAUCAUCCAGCCGCUUUCAGAAAGCAAACGAAGAAAUUUUCGAUCUCUUCCGGAAACUGGUACAAAAGCAACCAAAACUUGUGAGAAAAUCUGCUAUCGCAAUUCUUAAAGCAUGCAUCCAGUUUAUACAAUCGUCUUCGGUCAGCGCCCGAGAGCGCGAGCUGGCAACCACGGUCGUACAAGAUCUUUUGGUGUACAACUGUCUGGAUGAGGGUCACGACAUAUCUCAGCUGUUAGGAGAUCUACUGGUCGUGUUUGAUCAGCGAAAGUUAACCAAUCGCUUCCAGCAGAAUUUGUUCGAGCUGAUCGGAUUGCUAACGAAGGAUUAUCCAGAGUGUGUGUCGGAACAGCGCCAGAAGAAUAUUUUGGACACCAUGAUGAGUGCCGCUGAGGGACAAUUGCUGGAAGGAAGCUACCCUUCACUGAUUUCGCUAGCCGGAGCGCUGCAAGGAUUGAACCAUUUCCUGAUCAAUUUUGCUCCCAGUGAUUCGGGCGAUGACGUGUGUCGGAGGAUUUAUGUACUAAUCAAAAAGCUGUCUGACUGGGAUGAGGCCGUCAAGGAACGGGCGGCGUUUAGGAAUGCCAUCCGGUUACUCGAGCGACAUAGUGCAUUGUUUACCCGCUUCCUGUAUGUUGAUUAUCUCUACUGGCAGACUGUAUUGACUACUAAAUGGAUUCGUUCUGGAAUCGAAGACCGGAAGGUAGGAAUUUAUGCGUUGCAGUCCUUUCAUCGCGAAAUAUCUCGGGAGUUACUGAGUAGUGAAGAAAUAUUGAACCAGAGUAGCUCGGGAUCCAACGAUCGCACCCGGGAAGCGCGAAUCGUUGCGUUGAAUUAUUUCAUGAAAUAUUUCAAAGCUGUUCUGAUUGCACCAGAUUCCAAGCCCUACGAAGUGCGGAUCGCAAUUCGAGGCUUCGGUUCGAUGUCCGAGGCUUGCAGUCGAUUGAUGUCAGAUGAGUAUAUGAACGAGUUACUACUUCUGGUGAUGCAGAGGACUGAAUCUGUCUAUCUAAUAGAGGAAAAGUCAAAAGAUUUACUGGAGCAUUUGCCCGAUUUUGUGCAGGCUCUUUCCGACAUUAUGAGCCACGUGCGAGAACUAACGAGUGUGCAGCUAGUUUCUUUGCAAAAUAUUGUCAUUGGGUUGAUAAAAGAUUUUCACUACUUGAGUAGUUCUCACCACGAACUGGUUGUAGGAUCGCUAAUGAAAACAUUCUAUAAUUUGGCCAAGCUUGGUGGUACGGUUCUGGAAAGUUUGCUGGAAAAAAUUGUUCUAAGAGGAAUGAUUUGGAGUUGUUCUCAUAUGCUGGUUGUCGAUGCCAAUCAAGAGGACAGAGUAUCGGAAGGUAAAUCGGACUGGAAGGACUUCAUCACCUACAAACACUAUGUUCCUCUAUGGAAAGGGUUGCUCUCGCAGGGACCGAGUCUGCAGUUGGAUCGAGGACCAUUGAUAAAAAUUAUUUACACCCAAAUGAUGAAGACUUUGUUUCUAAUUCUGGAUAAAUUGGAUUUGAACACUAGGAAGCGAACUGUCAAAGAUGCCACCGGAGAAAUGCAAGAACUGUUUUUUUGUGAUCCUAAUGUGGAUCUUGUACCGGUCAAGCCGAAAGAUUUUCAUAUCUUUUUCAAUCUAGUCGAUCUUUAUCAGGACUUGUUCCGGUACAACACGGAGGUCAGGGAUCACUUUGAGGACUGGAUACCAAUAUAUUUCGAUUAUAUGGUGAAAAAAUCCAUUAUGCAUCCGCUAGUAAGCGGCUUCGUCAAAUUGAUAGAUUUAGGGCUGAUAACAGCCAACAGCUUACAGUACUUUCAGAUCCAGCAUUCCUUCAGCAAAGUAACUACAACAAAUCUGCUAGUGUACUUCCUGGAACUACAGAUUGCUAAAGCUCGCAAUUCAACCGGAGAGCUUCAACUCACAUGCCUUCGAUUCGUAUUGAAUGCACCGGUCAGUUUACUGCAUAGUUUUCUUGAGGAGGAUUCAAACGAUAUGAUCGACAUUCUUCGGAUAUCAUUCAAGCUGGGCAAAGGAAUGCUUUCUCUGGCAAAUAUAGCACUGUCUUGUGUGGAGCGUGUAGUCGCAUAUGAUUCCCCGAUUUCCGAACCUAAUCGUGAACGGGUUAUCGCCAACACUCUUCCACUUCUCGAUAGCUACCUUCAAACGCGCGAUACAGUGUCAUCUGCCAUCACGAACAGUCGUUUGGCGAAAUUUCAGAGGAAGCGAAGUGUCAACUUGACUAGCAGCAAAAUUGAGAAGAUUAAACUACAACAUGCAUUGGACAAUUCCGAGACUGAGUUGGUCAAAUUUCAGCGCCGGGUGGUUCUGUUUUUGGGAGAGCUGGAGCCGCACAUGUGCACAAAAAUUAUCCACCAUGAGUCGGCCGACUGUCAGCAGGAAACUGAGCGACCCUUGGUGCUGUGGGAUCUGGAUUCAAAUUGCAACAUCUCGCUGCAAUUACUAGCUACGGUUGGGAUCAGACCUAUAAUUAAGCUUGAUACAAUAAUAGCGAGAGUUUGUACGUUGGCCGUUGGGUCCAGCGACAGAAAGACGAAGGUUGCGGCAUGCGAGCUGCUACAUGCAUUGAUUCUGUACGUCAUCGGCAUACAGCACCACGAUCGGAUGACUAAGCUGUGGACCGAACUCUGCAACCACCUUCUGCAGCUCGGCACCGAUACCGACAUUGCCGUGUGCCAGAUGUUCGAACCAUUGAUUUUCCAAAUCAUUCAUUACCUCACGCAACCCUCCAAAAUUGGCCAGAAAGGCACUGAGGUACUGGCGAACUGCCUCAUGGAUUCAAUAUCGCAUCCCUCCGAUACCAGUAUACGUGAUUUGGCGGCACGCUGUAUUCGUGAAUUUCUGCUAUGGACCAUCAAACAGACUCCGGUCGGUCAACAGACGGCAUCGACUGCUAUGAAUCUAAAGGUGAUACUGGAAAAGUUACGCACCUACAGUCUGGAUUCGAACCCCAAUCGUCGGCAGGGAGCUGCCUUGGCGUUCAACAACAUCUACCGGGUCUUGCGCGAAGACGAAACGCACAUCGAACGAAGUUGGUUCGAUCUUUUCUAUGUGUUUUGUGUGAAUUUCAUCAUGACCGAAGACUUCGAUAGUUCAACAAAUAGUUUGGAGCAAGUAUCCGUCACGAUCGAUCACUUGGUGCGGGUUUUGAUUGUACGGAAAGAUUUAUUCAAUAAAGCGAGUUCAUCCAGGAUCAUACCAACUGUGUUUCGGGGUGGACUGCUGAAGGAUUUGGUGAUGUGGGUACUGAAACAGUGUAGUUCCAGGGAGACGAACUACCGACACAAGUGCAUGGAAGUGUUCCCGAGGUUAACGAAUGCCGUGGAAGGAUGCCGAUCCGGUGCCGAGUUUGUGCGAAAAUAUUCCACCGACGGAGAUGUUUUGAACAUGUGCGAUCAUGUGGAUGUGAUUUACGGGAUCCGUAACGCUUCUAACCUUCAGUUCAUCGUCGAAAAUAAUCUACCCUUGAUCGUUAACAUUUACACUUGGUUGGAGUAUCUCAGCUCCUCUAUGGAUAUGUACUAUUGGCUGUUGAGGAAUUCGUUGUUGCACAAUCCAGAAGAUUUUCUGCGUCAAUCAAACCUUUUCGCGGUGGUGGAAUUUUUCCUGACAUCUGUGGUAAAUGCUACGAUGUUUGAUCUCAUGUCGAUGCUUCGUCCGGAGAUUGUUGAGGAGAGUGCUGGUAGCAUCGAGUUUCGUGUUUGUACAGAGAAGAUCAUCAAAUACAACAUGUUAAAGUGUACGAUAACGGUUCGAAUAAUCGAUUUGUUAGUUACGGUCCUACCGCAACGAUGCUGUCGUAGCAUACCGGAGAGUUUCUGGGAAUCUCGGGCAGUGCUGAAUUUCAUAGUCGAUUUGGUUUAUGAGCCGCAGAAGAUGGGAUUUGAUUUCAAAUCGUGUCAGGAGACGAUCGCAAAGUUGCCUGAGAAAGUGGAACAGCUUUUAGCUAAGAUCGAGGGUUUUGAACACGGUAGUUUCAAGGAAAGAGUUCAUCAGGUUGUUGGAGAGAAGCUUGGUCGUACAAUUAUGAACGUCUCUGAGCGGUUGGAGGAUUUAAUGAAAGCGGAGACAAUUGGAUUGGAGGAUAGUAAUUUGGUGAAGGGGGUUAUGAUGAUUGCUAAGAGAUAUGAAACAUACAGACACUCUUUCGGCGAGCGUACCAAUUCGUUCUUGGAGGUGGUAUCGGAUAAAUUAAUUCAUGAUGUGUUCGACGGAUUGAAAGAGAAGCGUGUGGAGGAGUUAUUCCAGGCGACGCUUACUCCGUCAGUUAAAAGGUUCGCGGAAACUGUGUUACGGUGUGCUCUGAUGUUCAAAUCAGCGGCCGCAAUGGAACUUUUGAUAAAAUUGAUGCUCAACGAUGACAAGUUGAGGCUGUUUCAACAAUCCGACAAGUCUGGUAUCCUUCACGGGGAACAUUUCGCCAGCACAUUCCGGGAACCAAUUUACGACUACAUUGCACAGCAGAUACCCGAGAGCGUGGAGAAAUUGAUUGGUAGUUUGAACGUCACAAACUUUUCGAUGAUUGUCCAUACGUUAUGCAGCUUUCUGGAGUUCAAUUACCAAAAGAAUCGUUCGCAGAUCCAUGUUCUGAAAGCUGUAACCGAGCAAAUCUUGAACUCAUGGAAAAUCAUUUUCGAGGUAGCCUCGCAGGUGGAAAAUAAGUUCGGAUCGUCUGAUUUACAUUUGAUCGAACUUAUGUCCAACGUAGCAAUGGCUAGUCCGACUCCAAUAAGUCAAAUUGGUCGGAAAGCGUUAGGGUUCCAACCAUGGUUAUUGGGGCUCAUAGAGAAUCCACAAAACCAGCUGGAUCUCAAAUCAAAGGCAAUGUUUCUGCUACCGACAUUGGUUGGAGAUACGGAUUUCGAUUCAGCAGAGGUCUCCGCGGCUUUGCAGAAACUACAGGAUCAGCAUUUCCCACUACACUCGUCAGAGUUUAGUGCCAGUAGCGUGCAGAGGAUUAGUUUUGAAAGCUGCAUCCUAGCAUUGCUGGAUGCAAUGGUUGUUUCACGAUCACCGGUGAUUUUGAAAGCGGUUAUCAACGCAACGGCAGCUGAUCCAGAACAUAUAGCGGAGCAGAAAAUACGCACCGCUUUGGGAGAGUACAUAAGGAUUCAAACUAGCAGCCAGCAGUGUUAUAACUUGAAGGAGAUAUUCUUGAAGUUUUGCGACGAAUCGCUGGAGCCUAGUAUUCGUCUAACAGUUCUGAAGCGGUUCCUAAUUACCGGAAUACGUUUGGGUAGCGUUGAAACGAUAUUGGCUUUCUACAAACUGGUCAUAAAGAAAAUCUAUGAAAUGAUUCGCAGUAACUACGGUCAGUUCGGAGCUGGCUGGGAUGCAGAACAAGCGCUGGUGAAUCGGUUCGGUGGAUUCCAGUUAAUCGAAUUGUAUGUUGCAAUACUGCCACAAAGUAUGGUUAUCACCGAUGAUUGCAUGGUCGCAAAGGCUCUAUACGGCGAAAGUGGAAAAGCUCCAGGAAACAAAAUGAUCACCGAUUUCACGAAGAAAGCCUAUGCCUGUCGGGCGGAAGUGUUUCUUACACCAGACUCGCCGACUGCCGAAUUGUUCCGAAAAUAUCAGUGUGCCGCCUACCGAGCUCUGGCCGCUAUUAUAAGCAAUACCAAGGAAGAUCUACAGCUGUACAACGUGCUGUUGUUCCGAGAAAGUCACGAUAAAAACGAAUUUAUCUGGAGAAAACUUAUCAACUGUUCGGAAGACCAGAUAUACGAUUGUAGCAGUCAAGAAUUGGAAGAUUACCCGAAAAUAAAGGACAAAAUAGUCUCCAUCCGUCGACUGACGUCCGCGUCUGGGAAAUCUGCCAAUCGUUUCAAGUACAUUCAGAUGACCAGUGUGUUUGAAUCCUCGUUGAGUCAAGAUGUUACCAAGCUAGACUUGAACUAUUCGGUAGUUCGAACGACACAGGAGGUAUCGGUAAGAGAAGUCGACGAAUUAAGUCAGCAAGUCCACCGUCGAUUUACCGUACCGCUGGAACAAUCGAAAUUGAAUGAUCACGAAGUCAUGGCUACGGUUUGUGCAGUCAUCCAGCAUAUGCACGAAAACAAGAUCACACCGACGGUGGAGGGAGUACGUGCAGUGCCGCCACCGUGGGUUAAGUUCUUGGUAGCUUCCGUUAGUGAUCGCGAUCAGCACAAAAACGUUCGGCUAUUCUUGACAAAAGUCAUAGACAACUGUCGCCAGUGGUUGAAGCCAUAUGCUUCUACGCUUGUUCCUGCGUUGAUGCAGGUCAUCGUUGAUGAGUGCAUUUCUGCGCAGUUGAACACCUUCGUGACUGACCUGAUUGCACUGAUACUCGAGUGGAGUGACGUCUUUAAGCCGAGCAGUUUGGACGAAAUCUGUUUAGCGUCUGGGCUGGUUAAGUUUCUUAUGCGACAUUGUUAUCACGCUAGGAGAGAAGUAUUCCGAUUGAAUCUAGAACUGGCGAAGAAUUUGAUCGAACAAUGGAAGACCGUUAUCAAUGUUCCAGUUCAACUAUUGUACGAUAUGAUUGGGCCGUCGCAGGACCCGGAAUCCAAGCAGAACCUUUGCGGUUUGCAGCUGAACGCGAUCGUGUUGGCAAAUGGGUUAGUACCUUGGACAGAAACAUCAAAGUUUGACUUCAUACGAGCGAUAUUUCGUUGUUUGGAUUCGGAGAAGACUGCAGUUUAUCGACCGGCUUCUGAGCUGUUGGGUAUGUGUUUGAGCCAUCUAUAUCCGGAGGGGGAGCAGUCCGAAGAUGAACGGUAUCAGAACGAAUUUUUGGCAAAACUUAUGGCGUUGAGAAAAAUACACGAGAACAAGUUUAUGGAUGUUGUUUAUGGGAUUCAUAAGUCUUUCUCACCGGUUGUUGAUUCGUUCCUGGUCGUGAUUUCGCAUGCCAUACCAAAUGCGACUGGAGCUUCGAAGAAAAUCUAUCUGGAGAUGUUGCUAUCACGCGUGGAAGCAUACAAGGAACAGGUUCACCGCGAACUAAUUUCCUUGGAUUUGAAAGGAUUAUUGAGAGAUCGUACCUAUCAGUUGUUGGCCUUACAUCUCAUCAAUAAGUCCCUUUCGUUAAUGACACCGCAGAAUUUGGACGACCUUCUCGUCAACGUGUUCUCUCUGGCCAGUAGCGAUCGCUCCGAUGUUCGGGACGUUGUUUACGAGAUACUAAUUUUCAUUCAUGAAAACUCCAUCCAAAGACUUCAAGAAAGUACUCAGCAGAUGCUUAGAAAGGCUCUGCUAGUUGGUUUAAACGACUCGGAUCAGUCGCUUCAAAGCCGUAUAUUUGAGUUCUGGAUGGACGGAUCACGUUUCCCGGAAGAAAUAGAUGCCCGCUUUCAGCGAAUACUUUCUAGCCUGUACGAUCCAGCGCAGGAGGCAAAUUAUCUUGGCUACGCCACACAAAUCCUACUGGAUUCUGCUGUAAAGAAUCCGGAAUCGAAACGACGAAUCUUUCAGCACGAGUACGAAGCAGAUGUUAAACUACGAGAGUACUCCAUCGAUACACGCUGGCGUCUGCGGAAUUCUUUUGCAUCGGCACCAUUGUUUGUCGAGUCACAGCAACGUUAUCUCACCACAACCGAUGGUUCCCAAAUGGAACAGAUGAUCAAGGCUACACAAUUCGGGACUAGCGGCAAUGCUUUUGAACCGACAUUAGAUCCCACAGCGAUGAGUCAAACGGCAAGUACUUUCACGCUGCCCACUCAAAACUCCUUGCUAUUCGAAGUCAAUCCUCCCAUCCUGGACCGACGAUCACGACUAACAGCAGCUGGUACUGGAUUUGUAACCGGAAAAAGUUCCAAAUCUUAUGACAGCCUUCGCAAACGAAUUCUCAAAGACAAGGAACGAUCAGCACAUGAUCAGGCUUUGCGUGCCAUCGAACGCCAUAGCUACGAAGCCGUCCGCAAAGCCGAAAGCCACAAGAUGAAACAAAGCGAGGUAGUUCUUUAUCGCCGCUACCGAAUCGGAGAUUUUCCUGAUCUUCUAAUCAACAGUUUAGCCCUACUGUUACCACUGCAGGCCAUAUGUAGACGUGAUUCAGCUUUGGCACGACAGGUGUUCGUCUCUAUUUUCGAUGGUAUUUUGGACGAAUGGGAACAAAGUGAGCAACAUUCGAACGACAGGAUCCUAGCUAUCAGCCAAUCCAUCCAGAAGAUCUUGACUGAAACUAAGAGCUGCGAUCCGAAUCUGUUCGGUGCUCUUGUAGAACUGGCAAUGAAAAGACCAAGAGUGUUUGAUCUCGCGGCUGACAGCGUUGCUGCCGUUGCCUGCGGAGCCAACAUGAUGAGCAUGGGAGUACUUUAUCUGGAACAUAAGUUGCACGAAUACGAUUUCCCCGACGGGUCCAUCGUUUCGCACUCCUCCUCGGUCACGCUGGAAGCGAUACACUGGAUUAAGCUAGCCGAGCUGUAUCAUAUGUUGAACGAGUAUGAUGUCCUGGGGGAUAUAUUCUCGGAUAAAAUGGACAGCGAUACAAGACUUAAAAAAGCAAUCGAACUGGAGAGUAGCGGAAACUUCUACCGAGCUAGAGAACUCUAUCACAUAAUGAUCCGCGAAAAUCAAGGUCGCCUGGCAGAGCAAAAUUUUUGUUACCAAUCUUACUUCAACUGCUAUGCACAGAUGGGCAUGUGGGAAGAUUUGGAGAUUAUAUUAGAGAAACAAACCGAUGGAAAUGACGCAGAAGAUUUUUGGACGGAUGAGUGGAAUAUGGAAAACAUUCUGCCCAACUACUUCCACUGCAACACUAGGUUGAAUCUAGCCGGAGAUGAACGCGGCCGUGCUUUCAUAGUCCUGCUUGACCGAUGGAUGCUUAUCCCGGACCGGAUGGAUUACAUCAAGGCAAACUUUGGGGAAGAAAUUACGAUGCUGCAGCUAGCCAGUGGUGAGUACUCUCGUGCUAAAAUGUACUCCGAUCAGGUGUUGCGUCACUUCCUGCAAGAAUGGAGCUAUCUGGAUAUAAUGUCUGCCAAAUUAAGAGUACGGAAGUUACUUGACAUUCGAAAAGUUUCCGAGAUCCACGCGUUCAGCGAUCUGCUUGGCAAUCCUUUGGAACCGAAACAACUGCAUAAGCUGGUCGCCAAUUGGCAAAAUUCAUCCCCGAGCGUAUCUGACUCGUUGCUCGUUUGGGAUGCACUGCUGACGUACCGUAAAUUUGUGCAGAGCCUGUUAGAAACUAGACUGGAAGAUGCGGCAGAUGACCGGUUGCUACAGACUGAUUUUGUUGGUCUGCUGAAAGGUGCGAUAUUUGACGCGGAACUACAUCUGCUGGAUGCUGCAUUCGGACAAAACAACUUGCGAUUUGCCCGUAAAAUCAUCAAUCGAUUGGCAGCGUUAGCGGACGAGCAAAAUGAAAGCGGGUAUUGUUAUAGAAUCGCACAGCUGAAAAUGAGAAGAUUCUUUGAGAUGGAAAGCGGAGGCGGUCCGGCAAUUACUUUGCAACGAAUAGGUAAAAAUUUUGAACGAUUGAGAGUAGUCGUCGAAAAUGAUGAGUUGGGUCGGCAUCCGAACGUGAAGGUAGAGGGACUGCAAGAGCUUUAUUGUAUGUCGCAAACUUUACGGGAAAUCGUCCGGAAUAAUCCAGAGGCAGAUGUAGAAGCACUGAGACGGUUCCUACCAUUCGCUGGGGAAGAAUCGCUGGAAAUCCAAUUCAACCGGUAUUCGCGGGAGUGCUUGCAGAAAUCCAUCGAAAUAGCAAAUAAUUGUAUAUUGGAAAGCAGCACGGUGCAGGCUAAAGAUACAAUUCGUUUAGCUGACUGUCACUUAAAACUGGCGCAAUUCUGCUAUGAGGGGCUUGAACGAGAGGCGAUUGGAGAGACAAUAAAUCUCGAAGAACAACUGAUCACAUCGCUUCUAGCAUCGAUGCAGUACGGAUCCAAACCUGCAAGGCAGUUGUUUCCAUGCCUAUUACAACUUCCGCAUCUACAGGACGGAUCAUUGCAUCGAGUUUUCACCGAAGCUAGCAGUCCGGUCCCAGAGUGGAUGUUCCUACGUUGGAUUCCGCAGAUCCUUUCCUACGUUGAUUUCGCAAACGAAUCAUUUUUGGCGGAUCUGCUGUUACGGAUUGCCCGCAGCUACCCAAUGGCGCUGUACUAUUCGACUAAGCUUACCUAUGAAAAUUUCCUGAAGAAUGGUGGUAGUCAAUCGACGGGAACUUUUGCAUCUAAAAUACUAAAAACUCUAGAGUUACCUAAGUUGGAUCGUUUCACUAGAGAACUUUGCCACGUGCUUAUCCCUUCCAUGAAGGUGAAGAAGAUGGUUUCCGAUAUGUCGAUGAAACUCUUGCAAUCAUCAGAGAUAACAAACAACGCUCAGUUUCGGCAGCAGGUAACCGAUUCUAUGGUAGGCGUUUUUCCUGACGCUACAUCGGAUCUAGGGCACGAGCAUCGAAAAAUUAUACCACUGAAGGAAGAAUGGCUUAAACUAUUAGAGUACGAUUUUGAGAGCCAAAUAAAUGAUAUUUGGAAACGUUUGGAUCACGUAAGAAAGGAGGCAGAUAAGUUGGAUCCGAGGCACAACACACUCGACUUAUGUAGGUAUUCACCGUGGUUGGCCGCGUAUCACUUCAGCGAUCGAGAAGAUAUGUUGGAGUUGCCUGGUCAGUACAACGUGGACUAUCGGCCAAAUGUAUUGAAUCACGUGAAAAUAGUCAAAGUCUGCAACACGCUAGAGAUGUAUACCACUCUACGGAAGCCGCUUCGACUACAGAUCAUGGGAAGCGAUGGAAGGACAUAUGAUUUCUUGGUUAAAUUCGGAGAGGAUCUGCGUCAAGAUCAACGCAUUCAGCAAUUGCUUGGAACCAUAUCCACUCAGCUAUCGCUCGAUAAGCACUGUAAAGAUCACCAGCUGUCGGUGAGAACAUACGAAGUCAUACCGAUAAAGAACGACUUCGGUCUUAUCGGAUGGAUGCCGAACACAUCCUCAAUCAAAAGUGUAGCGGUUCGAUCGAUGGUACGCUUUAACCCGAAUGGGGACGUAACGAAUGUAAUCAAUCGUGAAUAUGAUCAGUUUUUGACGCAAACCGCAGGACUGUCCUCGGAUCGUAGGCCGAUGUUAUCGAAAGUUUACGGAAAAGUUGCAGCUGUUAGCACACCUGAGAAGAUCAUGUUGAAGUUCAACGAACUGCGUUACAAAAUCAAAGAGGAUGCUCUUAAACGGGCCCUUUUUGAAAUGACCGCUUCGCCAGAAUCGUUUUACAACCUUCGUGGCAACUUUGCCAAAAGCCUGAUGGCGAUGAACAUUUCCUGCUGGAUUUUGGGCAUUGGUGAUCGUCAUACUUCGAACCUUUUAAUUGAUCGCAGUAGCGGCAGGUUGGCCGGUGUAGAUUUUGGGAUUGCAUUCGGUGCAGGGACGCGUGACCAGGGAAUUCCGGAAAUGGUCCCCUUCCGUUUGACACCGCAGUUCGUUAGCGUUAUGGAACCGAUGCGCACAUCCGGUUUGAUGCACAAAUGUUUGGUUUACACCCUGGCUUGUUUGAGAAAUUCCAAGAAGCUGUUAAAAUCAUGCCUGGAAGUCUUUGUACGGGAACCGACGCUUGAUUGGCUGGAAGCGUCACGACGUCGAUUUAAUCAGGAAGACACUAAAAGCAUUCUGACGUGGGAUCCCCAAACCCGCAUUAAUAUUGCGAUUAGGAAGUUGAACGGAGCCAACCCGAAGGUGCUGGUAGCGGAAGAAAUGCGACUCGGGCAGGUUAAUCACACGCAAGAGUUUCUCGAGGGCUACCUGAAGCUAUUGCAGGUAGACACACCUGCACUACCGGAAGGAAAUUUGACCGUGGAGCAGCAAGUUCAAUGUUUGCUACAUGCAGCAACUAGCGGGUCUAUUUUAGGUAUUGCAUUCGCUGGAUGGUUUCCGUGGUUCUAGGCGGGUUGUCAAACUAAAUAUUGUUAUACGAAUAAAUGUUUACUGUU